AUGCACAGCGCAGGUGCCACCGAAGCCCAGGGGGCAGAGUCGACGACAUCUCCCCAGGAGAAAGGGCUGCUGGAGUUACCACUUCUGGCGCCACGGAUUCACACCCGGCCUUGGUGGUUUCCUGUGCAGGAGCUGAGAAACCCAUUGGUGUUUUCCCUGGAGGCGUGGCUGGCUGACUCCAUCUUCGGCCCAAACCAAGUCCUGGUUCCGAAGAUUGAGUGGAUGAGCCAGGCCCUGCUGAUGGUAGACACAGUUAACGCCGAGAACUUGGUCGAAAUCACAGUCUUUGGACGACCAACUGUACAACAUCGGGUGAAGAACGUCCUCCUUAGCCUAGCGUCGAGGCACCGAGAGCAUCGUGCCCGAGCUGAAAAGAUGGAACAACUCGAGGAAUUCUUGAAGGCCCUUGCAUCAGGUCCCCAGAACCCCCAGCAUCCUGUUGCAUAA